AGUAGUAAAAAAUCCAAGAUAACCCCCUCUUUAAUCCUCCACGUUACCUUUUAUUAGCUCGUAGCAGUCAUAAAAGAGACUCAUACAAAAAAUACAAUAAACCACACAAGGCAGAAGCAGACACAUACCCACAUUUGGUUUCUGCCAUUUUUAGCAAACAAAAAGCUUUCACCUUUUUUUCUCUUCAAUUCCAUUCACCUUUGCCUAGGGUUUCUUGAAAAAAUUUUCCUAGUGUAUACCAUUUAAUUGCAUUGAAAAAGAAAAAAAAAAAAGAUACUACAAAAUCUCAAACUAUAGCAAUUGUUUUUUUUUUAUUCCUCUCGAAAAAAUACAUCACCAAUGUUCUUAUUCCGUGGUUUUGUCAUUAGAGGGAAAGAGACAUCAAGCGGAGAUUGCUAUUGAAGCAUUGCUGAGACGAACAACAAAAAGGUUCUUUUUUCUGCCUGUUGGUUAACUGAGAAUUCUGAACAGGGAUGAUGAAGUGUCUUCUUUGGUCCAUUCCGUGCGCUUACUUGCCUUGCAAAAUGGAUCCUCACCAUGAUGCUUCUAGAAAGAUUAGCAAGCUCUCAAACUCAAGACUUGCAAAUCCACUGCUCCAGCUUCUAUGCCCAAGUCCAGGUUUUUUCUACUUCUGGUUUCUUCAACUUUCUACCAUGGGUGUUAAUGAAAAACUUUUACACCUACACAAUCAAAAUAAAGCUCGACAUUCCUUGGCUGUAUCCAGACGUGCUUUGUGCGAUCUAUCCAAUGUUUCUCCAGUGGUGUUCCUCUACCUCUUAAAGGAAUGCUAUGUCUAUGGAACAUGCAAGGCGACUGCCAAGUUUCGAGUUCUGCAACAGCAAGCGUAUGGGUUUUUGUACAAUGAUCCUCAACCUGGAGCAGCCAUCUUUGUUGCUCAGUGCCUGUAUGUGUUGCCUAUAUUUGAGUCAUACUGUGAAGGAUUUAGUCAUUUGAUAAUAUCUGCUCUUCGUCAUUUCCUGAAAGCGGGAAAUGGUGUGAAAGGUAUAUCCAAAGCUAAACUUAUGGCUGCCAAAUUAUUUCUUGCCGUUGUUGAUGGCACUCUGCAUCAUGAAGAAAGAAUCCUAGUCAAAAUCCUUGAAGUUUUUGAUGUAAGUCUGUCAAACAUAGAAAAAGCUAUGUAUGAUACAAAUGAGAAGGGUCACACAUGCCAGAUGGCUAAGGUAUUGGUUGAACAAUAUAUUUCUAGGUUAGUAGAAUCCCAGUCUUACAUGACUGCAGUUUCUUUGUUGGAACACUUCUCUAUCCGGGAAUCUGGCGAAUCUUUUCUACUUAAAAUGUUGGAAAACAAAGAAUACAGAGCGGCAGCAAAGUGGGCAACUUUUAUGGGGAAGCCAGUCUUAUGCACCCUCGUCCAAGAAUACGUCGACAGAAAACUGCAAAAGCAUGCGUUUGAUGUUAUAAGGCAAAACAAUCUUCGGAAGGAGUUCCCAGAAAUAUAUCAUCAAUACAAAGAAAGCAAACUGAAGAAGCUAGCAGAAAAGGGUUGCUGGGACGUUGCUGAGGCAAGGGUAUAUGAUGAUCGACAACUUCUUGAAUACUUGGUAUAUCUGGCUAUGGAAGCUGGUUACAUGGAGAAGGUCGAGGAACUCUGUGAACGGUAUUCCCUUGAAGGUUUCAUAAAUGUCAAAGAGCUUGAGGCAGGUUCUCCAAAAGACCGAUACUUGCAGCUUGAUGAAUUGUCAAUAAAGGAAGUGGUCUGGGUAGAUGAAGCGAAUAGCUUGCUUGAUGCUACUCGUCACAUUGAAGAAUGUAAAGUUGUGGGCGUUGAUUGUGAGUGGAAGCCUAAUUACGAAAAAGGAAGCUCAUCUAACAAGGUUUCCAUCAUGCAGAUUGCUUCUGACAACAAAGCCUAUAUACUUGAUCUAAUAAAGUUAUAUGAAGAUGCUCCGGAUGUAUUGGAUGACUGCUUAACACGCAUCUUGCAUUCUACAAGAGUACUGAAGCUUGGUUACAACUUCCAGUGUGACAUGAAGCAGCUUGCUCAAUCUUAUGGACAGUUGCAAUGCUUCAAGCACUAUGACAUGCUACUCGAUAUCCAGAAUGUGUUCAAAGAACCAAGUGGUGGUCUCUCUGGUCUUGCAAAGAAAAUAUUGGGUACUGGAUUGAACAAAACAAGAAGGAAUAGCAACUGGGAGCAACGGCCUUUAACUCAGUUUCAGCUAGAAUAUGCUGCUCUUGAUGCUGCUGUUCUUAUUCACAUAUUUCGUCAUGUUCGUGGCUACACACAAUCUGCUGGUGACGGGGAUGGGCAUUCAAAAAUUGAGUGGAAGUCUCACAUUGUUUCCCACAUCGAUAAUUCGAAGAUCUCCAAAAAAGAAGCUAAAAGGCGAAAGGGCAAAACUGAUAAAGCUCGACCAAGCAUCGAGAAUUAAGGAGCUUACUGAACAAACUUAAAUUUAAAGCUAGGAAACAAAGUUAUGAUACACUUAAGUUUUACUCACAUGGAAGUAUUUUCCUUCUGAGAGACACAUUUACAGCUUAAAGCCUUAGACUGUUGCAGGUUUUUGUGUAUAUAUGGAACACAUAGCAUUGGUAGGAAAUACUUCUUGGGGAAGUUUUCAGUUACUAAUUUGGAGUAAUUGAUAGCUUGCGUAGGGAUGGCAAUAUGAUAUGGCGGGGUAAGGCAGGGCGAAGCUUUGUUUUUUGGAAAAAUUAAAUGGUGCAGGGCCGGUGGCAGGUCAGGACUGCUGGCCAUUUUUAGUUCUUUUUCAUCAAUGUACUGAUCAGUAAGUACUAGUUUAUUUAUCUCCAGUGUAGAGGAAAUUGUGCCAGCUUAUUUGGCUUUUCUUGACAAUCCUUAACAACUCCUUUUUUUUUUCUCCAAAUGUGACCGUAGGAUACUAUUUUCCUAUAGUUGUUUAGCAGUUAAUUACAAUCUAAAUUUUAAGUCAAAUAAUUUUAAGAGAAGGAAAA